AUGUUCUGCGAAGCCGACGGCCCUGAGCAGAAGACUACCCCCUUCCGCCCGGCCCUGGACACGGUCCGCACCGCGCCCGGUCUCUUCCGGGUGAAUCUGCGUUUGGACACCACGGGGGUCCACAAGGUGAAUUGCUACGCGCUGAACAAAGGGGGCAUCAACGCGCGGUACUUCAACAAUCGAUGGGUGGAAGGGGUGCCAGCCAUCUCACAGGUCGACACAGCGAUCGACUUCAACUGGGCCGAAGGACUGGUGACGGCCGACUCUUCGGACUAUGCCUCGGCGCAGUUUGAUGGCUAUUUGCAGGUGCCCACGGCGGCGAACUACACCUUUUACAUCACUUGUGAUGAUGGCGCCAAUCUGUGGAUUGAUGAUGAGUUGGUCCUGAGCCAAGCAACUGCAGGGCAGUAUGAGACCCGGCCCAUUCUGUUGACGGGAUCGAGGUUGUACCAUUUGCAGGUGAUGUACUAUGAACGCACGGGUUUCGCGCGCAUGCGCCUGGAAUGGGCCAGUGAUCAGGGUUUGGUGCGAGAGGUCAUAGGAAAGGACUCCUGGUAUCAUUCCCGCAGCUUACUGGGACUCUUUCCACAGACCGUGCUGGUCUUCGAUAAACCAGGACCAGUGGAAGCCUUCUACCAUCACGACUUCCAGUACGAUGUGAAUCAACUGUCGUGGAUCCCUCCACAGGACAAUAGCGCCAAGGCCAUUGUGGGGUAUCGCAUCUACCGGGACGACGGCAAUGGUGGUGCCAUCGAUUCACAGCUGGCCUUGACGGAUGAAAACACCUUCUCCUACACGGAUAGUGGGUUGGUCACUGGAAAUGUCUACUACUACAGAAUCUUCGCCACCAACGGCGACGAUGGCGAGCCGGUGACGAUCUCCGCGCAGCCAUCGGUGCCGCCAGUGAAGCCGGACCCGGCACUGUUGAUCAACACGGGUAGUGGGACGAUGACCUUCCGCUUCACGCCGCUGACGGGUGCACCUUCCGGCUGGUCGCCAACGAUCCGCUACACCCUGUACCGCAACGAUGGUCUGGGCGGUGUCCUGCGCUUCAGCUAUGAAGGCGACAUGGAUGGCACCUCCACGGUGGAACUGGUCAUUGGAGGAUUGGUGGAAGGACGACAGUAUCUCUUCCAAACCUCCUACUGGAGUCGCAUCGGCCAGUCGCCCUUGAGCGACGUCACGGCCGUGGUCUGCUGCGAGUUCCGCAAGCCCGGCUCGCCGCCGGUGAACCUCCGCCGCGAGGGCGACCAGAGCAACGAGAAGAUCUCCCUGGCGUGGGAUGCGGUGACGGAUAUUGGUUCCUCAUCCUUGAUCUAUUACAGACUUUACAUGGAUGAUGGCUACACCGAAAUCUCCAAAAACACGGCGAGUGGCACCACCACCACCGAGUUCUUUGAGUUUUUGACCCCCGGGAACCCCUACCGUUUCGCCGUGGCCGCGGUGAACGCGGCCGGGGAGGGGCCCCGAAGCGAACGAAUCACCCUGACAGCCUCAGAUGUGGCGGGGCAGCCGUAUGAUGUGGUCGCCACCUUCCAGUCCAGUUAUCGUAUUGACCUGGCCUGGAAGAAGCCUUUACUCACCGGAGCUUCAGGGAUGAGUGGCUACAAGGUCUGGGUGGACGAUGGCAAUGGUGGCAACAUCGCGAACCUUAUCUGGGACGGCGGAACCAAGGCCUCGACCCUCUACUACUCCUGGCAGCCGGUCUUCUCCGAUGGUUCCGUAGCGUUGCUGGCGGGGCAUACCUACCGCUUUCAGGUGCAGAGUGUGAACCCCACCGGGGACGGCGCCAAGUCCAACGUCUUCUCCAUCGUGGCGGCCGCCAAGCCGGAUGCACCGGGGAGACCGGUGGUGGACAGGGCAUCCACCUCCUCAACCGCAGUACAUCUGUCAUGGGCUGCACCUUACAAUGGCGGGUCACCCAUCUUGGGAUACAUUGUGGAAAGAAAGGACGACCCAACGGCAGCUUGGGUGCAGUUGACCACUACUGCGAGUGCCUACACCUCCACUACAUAUGUGGAUACCACCAACAUCGCGGCGAACAGUUUCUACAUCUAUCGGAUCUCGGCCUUCAACCUGGUGACCGUUGGGGACACCUUGUACUCGCCGGAGGCCACCAUCCCUGCCAGCGCGGUGCCCACGGCACCCACGGUGAGCUUCGUGACCUCCACGGAGACGACCAUCACCGUGUCCUGGGACAUCCCCCUGUCGGAUCUGACGGUGACCGGCUUCCGGCUCUAUGUGACUUGGAGGAAGGUGGUGAUGGGGGGAAAGGGUGGUGAGGCCGACAAUGUCUUGAAGUACGAUGGCGCUGGAGUGAGCACUGUACGUACCUUCACCCUGGCGGGCUGCACCACUGGCAACAUGCACGACUUCCGUGCCACCGCCCUGAGCGACGCUGGGGAGUCCGGCUAUUCAGCCUCCCUGCCGCGGUACUGUGCCAGGCGACCGUAUCCACCAGCGCAGCCUACUCUGAAGUCCACCACUCUCCAGGUUGUGGAACCUUGGAGCGGACAUGGCAAUUUUGAGGGAAACCUUCAUGGUCUGAUCAAAGAGGAGAUUCAAUGGAUGGCUCCCAGCAACAACGGUGGGAUGCCAAUCUCGGGUUACAAGGUGCAGCGCGCCAAUCACGACAACUACUUCUUCGGCACCGUUCAGUGUCUUCAAGCGGACAAUAGCUAUUUAACCACCUUGCCGGAGAAUCAGCAUUCCUGCAUGGAUGACACGGCCUUUCUCUGUUUCGAGCGCAAGUGCAAGUACCGGGUGCUGGCCAUCAACGGCGUGGAGGACGACAACUUCGCCGACGUCUCGCCGUACCUGGUGGCCACCGCCGCCAACCUCCCCGUGCCGCCGGCCUCGGUGACCCGGGACGAUCCGCCGAGCAGCAAAACGGCCAUCGAGGUCAUGUGGACGCCGGUGACCUCCGAAAGCGAUACAGGUGGCGCCAUGGUGAUCGGUUACCGGGUCUACGCCAAUACCGGGAUCGAUGACUCGCUCUCCUUGGUCUUUGAUGGAUCUGGAAGCCCCUCCGUGCGGAGCUUCAAACACACGGGGCUCACGCCGGGACGGCGCUACUGGUAUCAGGUGAGCAGCGUGAGCUCCGUGGGCGAAGGCGCCCAAACCAGCGUCUUCACCUUCCUGGCCGCGGAGCCGCCUGCGGCGCCGCUGCAGCCGCGCUUCGUGACGGCCUCCUUUGGGUCCAUUACCAUUGGGUUGGAUCCACCACCGUCUGAUGGAGGCUCGCCCAUCGUGCGCUAUGCCAUCUAUCACAAUGAUGGUACCGUGAAUGGCCUGUUGAGCACCCAGGUCUUGGUUUGCGAUAUGUCCAGGACCGAAUUUGCCGUGCCCAACUUGAUUAGCGGCUUGGAUUAUCAGAUCCAGAUCCAGGCCCAUGCGGACUGUCCCACCGGCACGGGCACUUCGCUUCAUGCCUAUGAUGGUCAGGGUCUCUGCGUGAACGAUGCCGAAUGCACCCUCCCGGGGGAGAGGAGUGGGGUGGCCCUCUACACCACCACCGAUGUGCCCGACCUGGUGGUCUUGGCCAAGGUCUCCGGUAGCCAGACGCGUACUGCGGUCACCUUCCGUUGGGAUGCACCGGGAAAUGAUGGGGGCAGUCCCAUCACCAGCUAUGAACCCUACAGAGAUGAUGGCCUUGGUGGAGACUUUGUGCGUGUGGAUGUGCUUCCCACCAACUAUUUUGAACCAGAUACGGAGCUGUCAGUGACAGGCAACGAGUACAAGUACAGUGGUUUGGUCACCGGCCGGCGCUACAACUUCUUCAUGGCGGCCUGCAACAAACGCGGCUGUCGCAGCGGCUCCAUCUUCGGCCCGCUGACCGCAGCCGCGCCGCCGGACCAGCCGGACCCGCCCCUGGCGACGGCCACCUCAGCCUCCCCAGCGGUGAUCAACCUGACCUGGACGCCACCGGACAACGGGGGGAUGCCCAUCUUGAGGACGGAACUGCAACGUGAUGAUGGACAGGAGGGUCUCUUCUCGGUCCUGGCCACGGUGGAUGCCCCUGACUUCACCUUUUCGGAUACCACGGUGGUGGCUGGGAUGACAUAUCGCUAUAGGAUCCAGAUCCAACACGAGCAAAGCUCCUCUGACUUCAGCAAUCUGGCGACCUUUGUGGCUGCAGGUCUUCCAUCGCAACCGAAUGCAGUGACUUUGGUGUCGCAGUCCAAGACGAACAUUUCGGUCUCAUGGACGGUGCCCGACAACAAUGGUGCUGACAUCUAUCAGUUCAUUCUGCGCAGGGACGAUGGCUUGGGCGGCGGCAUGACGCAGAUCUACCGUGGUGCCGCCACGAGUUUCCAGAGCAGCGACUUGGCGACGGGCCGCUACUAUACCUUCUCUGUAGCUGCGCGGAAUGCCGCAGGGGAAGGUCCUGAGAGCGUGGGUCAACGCAUCCUGUCGGCCUCCAUGCCCAGUCCUGUGGGACAGCCGGUGCUCAUCAGCAGCUCUUGCUCCGGCGGGUCAGUCACUUUGAAGUGGACGGUGCCUGAGGACGAUGGCGGCUGCCCGGUGACGCGCUACCGCAUCCUGCGGGACGACGUGGCCACCGGUACAGAGGUGCCAUCGACCACCAUCAGCUACUUCACUCCAGGUUUGGAAUGUGCCACCACAUAUCUCUGGAGCAUUCAAGCAAAGCUGGGCGCUCAAAUGAAUUGCCUGGACACCUGGGGCAGCGAUUCGCCUUACCUGGAGACCUAUACGGCCUCCUUGCCGGGGCAGGUCACCGGCUUGAACGCCGGGCACGCCCAGCUACCCCAGGCCACCCACGUGUCAUCCACAGAGUUGCUCUUCAAUUGGCUGCCCCUUCUGGGUGCCACCGAGUGGGAGGCUCAAGGUUGCGAAUUUUGCUGGGACUCGGGGAUCGGUUCCACGGAUUUCUCCAUCUUGAAGGGUUACGAGCUUUGGAUGGACGACGGCCUUGGAGGAAAGUUCAGCCGAAGCUAUGAUGGCUACAACAAGCCCUUCGAGACCUACUUCGUGGCCACUGGCCUGGUGUUGGGAGCCUCAGUCCCCAGCUUCGAACGAAAGGUUGCCAUUUGGCGUGUCUACAGAUCCUACGUGCGCGCCUUGAACCUUGUGGGGGCCGGUCCUGAUUCUGACGUGCCGCCGGCGAAGUGGAAAGGGACGGUCCUCUACAGAGCCAUGGCGGUAGAACCUUCAGCACCCAGUGACUUGCAGGUGGUGACAGCAGGUGCUGACACCGUGCUGUGCAGUUGGAAGCCACCGCAGGACAAUGGUGGUGAGCCGGUGCUGCAUUACGUCUUGGAGUAUGCCCCGGAGCCGCUCUUCAACACCUGGCAGGAAGAUGGGCCUUACCCGGACAAUACCCAGUUCACCAAGCAGAUCUUCAAUCUGAACCAGGGAACUGUGUACCAGUUCCGAAUCAGGGCAGUCACCAAUGCAGGAGGUGGCUCCUAUUCCAACAUCGUGUCCCAGGUGGUUGGCACCGCGCCCACCAUGGCCCCUAGUGGCCUCACCCGUGCGUCUACGACCUCGGUAUCUCUUACCUGGGCCUGGCUGCCACUGGGUGUGUCAGAGACUGGUGGUGCUCCGCUGGGUGGCUAUCGCCUUUACAUGAACACUGGUCGCGAUGACGUGACAGCCUUGGUCUAUGAUGGCAGCGACAAGCCUUCAGCCACGGAGUACACGGCCACAUCGUUGGUGUGCGGGCGAAUCUAUAAGGCCGAAGUGUCGGCGGUCACCAGCAUCGGUGAAGGUCCCAAAAGUGCCAUCGCAGCCUUCAAGCUGGCGCGCACACCCUCGCAGCCCCGUUCAGCACGGGUGGUGGCAAGCAGCACUGGCUCCAUUACGCUCGCAUGGGAUAUUCCAGAGAGCACCGGAUGUACCGAGCUGCAGUACUACCGCAUCGAACGCGAUGCUGGACAGGGCUUUGAAGCCAUUGCCAAUGUGACCACGCCUGUCCAGAGCUACACCGAUGCAGACUCCUUGAGUCCGGGACAAAUGUACAUCUACCGCAUCGCUGCUCGCAACGAUGCCCUCGAGUAUUUUGGGCCUCACAGUUCUCAUGUGACAGCCUUCGCUGCCUCUUUGCCGGGCAUCACGCGAAAUUUGGGCUAUGUGGCCUCAACCAGGACCUCCAUCACGCUGAUGUGGGAACCUCCAGCUGAUUCAGGAGGAGCCUUGGUGGAUUUCUACCGCGUUCAAGCGGACGAUGGCUUGGGAGGAGCUUUCCAAGAUGUGGCCGUGGUGGCGGGCACCUACACCACCGUGGAGUACCUGACCAUGGGCCGACCCUAUCGCUUCCGGGUGGCAGCAGAGACGGUGGUGGGCACCGGGCCGUACACGUCGGUCUUCCAACAGGUGGUAGCGGCAGUACCUGGAAAUCCUCAAACUCCCUUGGUGGAAACGGUAGCUGGAUACACGGACCGUGUGAAAGUGACCUGGAACGAACCCCUGGACAACGGAGGAUCCUUGACGUUGGGGUACAAGGUGACCUUCGAUGGCUUGUGUGACCGCUACGACGGCACCAGCGUGUCGGCCUUGACCUCGAUACAGAUCAUCUGCAGCACGGGGCAGCAUCACCUGAUUACUGUGUCAGCCCGGAACAUCGUGGGCUGGGGUGGUCCGAGCCCCUCCGUGUCGCGCGUCUGUGGCGCGGAACCUUCCGCACCCGUAGAUCUGCGGCUCCAGAUGAACACGCCGCUGACGCCCUUGGAUAUGGUGGACCAACGGACUCCCAGCUCAAUGACCUUGACCUGGGACGUACCCACGGUGGAUGGCGGAGCCGCUGUGAAGUCGUAUCAACUCUACCGAGAUGCGGGAGAUGCCUCUGGUAUUUAUACCUUGACCUAUGUGGGAACGCAGAGAAGUGCCACCAUUGGGUCAUUGACCAAUGGACGCACAUAUCGCUUCUAUGCAGUGGCUGUGAAUGAUGUGGGCGCGGGCGAGCGCACCAGCGUCUUUGCGGCUGAGAUGCGAUGCACUCCGAGAACCCUGGUGGCUUCACCCUACAAGGUCUCUGGAAGUCCCUGGUCCAUUUCUCUGGCCUGGCCUGAGACAGCCGACAACUGUGGUCGAGCUGUGUUGGGGUCGGGAUACCGCGUGUACCGUGACAGCUAUCUGAUCUAUCCACUCUCCAACGGCUUUGUUGGAACACCAACGGUGGUUGGAAUGUUAGGAACCGAUCAAGUCACGGUGGAGUUGACGGCUCAGAGUUCAGGAUCCACCUGGGCCAUGAUCGUGCCUGAUGAUGAUGAUGUGUACACCCCAAGCCCGACUUCAACACCAUCGAAGGUGAAACUGGGUGAUGGUGCACUGGGACGCCCGUCCUGUAGGGGCAUCGCUGUGCCCGUGACGGCAGCGACAUCCCUACAGAUUCUGAUGCACGGCUGUGGCAUGAUGGGCAUGGGCUGGUACUCGAUCUUCGUCUACGUGGAGGGCUACGACGGCUUGGACAACGACGGCGCCUUACAGCAGCUGCGAUUCCAAGUUCCAGCCUCUUCCAAUAGCUUCGCGGUGCAACCCAGCAUGUCAGGUCUCACGAAGGAUGGACUCACAGUGACCUUCACAGCUUCUGCCUCCGCAGGCAAUGGCUAUGUGAUGAUCGCAGCGGAAGCUGACUACUCCACUUUGACGGUCGCCAACAUCAAGGCCUUCAUGAGUGCAGUGGGAGAUGCCACAUGUAAGUGGAACGGCUUUGUGAACAACAUGGAAAGCACCGUGGUGCUGACGGGAUGCCGACUUUUUGGCGGCAGCCAGUACCGACUCUUCGUUUACGUCGAGGAUGGUCAGAUGCGUGAUGAUGGUGUCUUGGCCGAGCCCAUGUCGCUGCAAGUCUUGCCGUCCAAUGACUUCACAGGCACUUAUCCUUACCCGAGACUGGACGCCACGCCAACGACCAGCACAGUGUCCAUCGAAUUCGAAGCGCGGGAGGCUGCGGGAGUGCUUUGGGCUGUGCUGAUUCCGGAGAUUGAGGCGAUCUCUGCCAGCAUCGCCGGGAUCAAGGUGGCCACAGGGGCCAUUUGUUCCAAAGCCAGUCUGGCCAUCACCGGGGGAUUGCAAAGUUUCAGCAUCGACAACUGCGCAUUGAGUCUGGACGUCCUUUACAAGGCCAUGGUGUAUAUUGAAGACACGGGAGCAGACAACGAUGGCCAAAUUGGUACAGGGAUUGAUGUCAUGGUUCCCACCAAUGGCACAACCAACACCUUCAACUCCUACCCAAAGUUGGUGAUGAUCAUGGGCGAGCUGGCCACCAGCGAUGGGGUGACCUUCACCUUCUCUGCCAGCAGCAUCACCGGCCGCUUGUGGGCCAUGGUGGUUCCGAAUCAUGUGGGCGACUGCAUGACUGUGAGGGCCAUGAAGUUCUUGCGGGACGCCCUUUGUAGCCGAUGGAACUAUGUCAUCAACGACCAGACGCAGACGAUCACCCUCACGGGCUGCAACAUGAAAGGAGGCGACACCUAUCGGUUGUUUGUGUACGUGGAGGGUACAUCCAACGGAGAUGAUGGCGUCCUCGCGCCAGCUGUACCGUUUACGGUGCCUUUCACCAACACCUUCAUCACGCAGCCCAUGGUAGUGGAUGACUUGGUGUCACCCGAGGGCUUGCAAUUGACGUUCCAAGCCUCCGAGACGGAAGGGAAGGUUUGGGCGAUAGUUGUGGCCAAUAUCCAUGAGCAAUGGGUGGAUCCCAAUGCCAUCAAGGUUGGUGGGGUGUGGCUACAGUGGAGUGGGGCGUCUGGAACUGUCGGAACUGGAUGGAACUGGGGGAUCUGCCGUGCAGGGCAGGGAUUGGGUUGACAUGUCACCGUUGUAACCCAAGAUCCCAUGGCGAAUCAUCAUUUUCCCAUGAUGAACCAACUCCCUGCCAGAUGCACCUGGUCUCCGCAGCCGUUUUUGGCUGGGAAGUUAUGAAAAGAC